GAAGGGAGUUCCCGCUAGCUAUAGGCCUGCUCUCUUUCUUCUCCAUCCACAACCAUUCUUCUUUCUUUCUGAUCUCUUUCACUUCUCUCUCUGCAUUUUUGUUUUCAUCUUCCCUUCUUGCAUACAUGGAUGAAGAGUACGACGUCGUUGUUCUUGGAACUGGUCUCAAAGAAUGCAUACUCAGCGGUUUACUCUCCGUCGAUGGACUCAAAGUGCUGCAUAUGGAUAGAAAUGACUAUUAUGGAGGAGAGUCCACUUCCCUCAAUCUAAACCAGCUUUGGAAGCGAUUUAGGAAUGAGGAAAAACCCCCCGAACAUUUGGGUGCAAGCAGAGACUAUAAUGUUGAUAUGAUCCCUAAGUUCAUGAUGGCCAAUGGAGCCUUGAUUCGCAUUCUCAUCCACACUAAUGUUACUAAGUACCUGAAUUUCAAGGCUGUGGAUGGUAGUUUUGUGUACAAUAAAGGAAAGAUACACAAAGUACCAGCUAAUGAUGUGGAAGCAUUAAAAUCCCCACUUAUGGGAUUGUUUGAGAAGCGUCGUGCUCGAAAGUUUUUCAUUUAUGUUCAAGACUAUAAUGAGAAUGAUCCCAAGUCUCAUGAAGGACUGGACCUCAACAAGGUUAAAGCUAGAGAUGUUAUAUCGAAAUAUGGGCUGGAUGAUAACACAGUUGAUUUCAUAGGGCAUGCAUUGGCACUUUAUUUGGAUGAAAAUUACUUGGAUGAGCCUGCUCUGGAUUUUGUGAAGAGGAUGAAGCUAUAUGCAGAGUCUUUAGCACGCUUUCGGGGAGGAUCUCCCUAUAUUUAUCCCCUCUAUGGACUAGGAGAGCUACCCCAGGCAUUUGCUCGUUUGAGCGCUGUUUAUGGUGGCACCUACAUGCUUUGCAAGCCAGAAUGCAAGGUAGAGUUUGAUGCGGAUGGAAAGGCCUAUGGAGUAACAUCAGAAGGAGAAACUGCAAAAUGCAAAAAAGUUGUAUGCGAUCCUUCAUAUUUGCCUGACAAGGUAAAAAAAAUUGGGAAAGUAGCUCGUGCUAUAUGUAUUAUGAGUCAUCCAAUCCCAAAUACAAAUGAUUCUCACUCAGUCCAGGUUAUUCUGCCCCAGAAACAACUCAAGCGAAAAUCAGAUAUGUACCUAUUCUGCUGCUCCUAUACUCACAAUGUAGCUCCAAAAGGAAAAUACAUUGCUUUUGUUACAACAGAAGCAGAGACUGAUGAUCCUCAAACGGAAUUGAAGCCAGGCAUAGAUCUCCUUGGACCUGUCGACGAAAUAUUGUUUGACACUUACGACAGAUACGAGCCCACUAACCACCACAAGGAUGACAACUGUUUCAUAUCCACAAGUUAUGAUGCAACCACACAUUUUGAGACCACAGUGCAAGAUGUGAUUAAAAUGUACAGCAAGAUAACUGGAAAGACACUUGACCUGUCAGUGGAUCUGAGUGCUGCCAGUGCAGCCACCGAAGAAUGAAAAUCAUGGGGAUCGCACAAGCUGGAUGAUGGGCUACAAGAGCUACAAGAUCUCAGUGUUGCAGUCUUUUGUUUUUUAAUUUUUCUUUUGAUGGUUUUCCCUUGUAGUUGUAGGUAUUCGAAAAUUUUAGCAGAUUUUAUGCCCUUUUUGUCAUGCUA